ACGAUCUAAAACUCCCUUCUCUCUUUCUUUUCUUUCUCUCCCUCUCUUCUCAGGCGAGUAUGCAAAGCAAGAACAUGAUCGUGGCUUCAUCUCAUCAGCAGCAACAGCAACAGCAACCGCAGCAGCCACAACCGCAACUUAAAUGCCCUCGUUGUGAUUCUUCCAACACAAAGUUCUGUUACUACAACAACUACAGCCUCUCUCAGCCACGGCACUUUUGCAAGGCUUGCAAGAGGUACUGGACGAGAGGUGGGACUCUCAGGAACGUUCCCGUAGGCGGUAGCUACCGGAAGAACAAACGGGUAAAGCGGCCAUCAACCGCAACCGCAACCGCUGCCUCCACCGUCUCCACAACUACUUCUUCAUCCCCUAAUAACCCUCAUCAGAUCUCUCAUUUCUCUUCCAUGAAUCAUCAUCCCUUGUUCUAUGGUUUAUCAGAUCAUAUGAGCAGUUGUAAUAAUCUUCCAAUGAUUCCAAGCCGUUUCAGUGAUUCUUCAAAGACUUCUUCAUCAAGUGGUUUAGAGAGUGAGUUUCUCUCAUCUGGGUUUAGCAGUCUUAGUGCUCUUGGAUUAGGGCAUCCUCAUCAUAUGAGUCAUGACCACACCAUUAAUGGUAGCUUCAUCAACAACUCCACAACAAACAAACCCUUUCUUCUAUCGGGUCUAUUCGGAUCCUCGAUGUCUUCUUCUUCUCCUACUACUCUUCUCCAGCACCCACAUAAACCCAUGAACAAUGGUGGUGACAUGUUGGGACAAUCCCAUCUCCAAACCCUAGCAUCACUUCAAGAUUUUCAUGUUGGAGGUAACAAUGAAGAUAUGAAGUACAAAGAAGGAAAGCUUGAUCAGAUCUCUGGGAACAUCAAUGGGUUCAUGUCAUCAUCAUCUUUGGAUCCUUCAAACUACAACAACAUGUGGAAUAAUGCAAGUGUUGUCAAUGGAGCAUGGCUUGAUCCAACAAAUAAUAACGUUGGAUCCUCCCUCACCUCCUUGAUAUAAACCAAAACUUUGGUUAUAUGAUCUAUAACUAGCUAGGGUUUAUCUUUUUUUCCUUUUUGUUUUGAGAUGAGAGAAGAAGCUUGGAUCAGAGAGAUCUAAUCAGGGGAAAUGUUGAUCUUGGCACUAUAAAGCUCCCUCGGAUCC